AUGGUUGUUGACUGGUUGCUCCAACAGUGGGCGCCUACGCUCCAAUCUAAACCCCGCGUCAGGAUAGCGUGUGAUGGGUUUUCUGCUCUUCUCAAUACCUUUGGUGAUAAUCGAGUUUCCCCUCACCAGGCGCAGUUUGACCUGGUCUCUUCCCUCCGCGAGGCCCUUGCGCGCUCCAAAGCAUCGUGGGAGCCUAGUCAUGUGUAUGGUCACCUUGACCGUGCUACGUCCUUUUUGUCCCUGUCUUGGUGGUCCAAAAGGAAUGUUGAAGUGGAUAAUUGGGCAGUGGCAUACCGCCAUCAGUUGGAGGCUUCUAACCAACUGAUUGCAUCCAAUGCUCGCUUCUUUACUGAGCUGGCCGCUCUCUACAUCGGCGGCGUUAAGCAGUCUCGAUUGGACCCAGACCACAUCCAAGAGCUGGUGGCGCUUCCCGCCCUCCGCAAGAGGUGGCGCGAGAAACUCACGGUCACCCCAGAGGCGGAGUCGGAAACCGACUGGCCCAGUCUGGCCCGGGCCAUGCGGUCUCUUCCUUUGGAGUACGCUGGGGACAUCACGCUGCCAAACAUCGAAGUGCUCAGCUGUUCCGUCACCGUUCAGGAUAUUCUGGAAGCUCUUGAACAGCGGAUCUUUCCAGACAUGACAUUGACAAAUAUCCUAGAACAGCAAGAUAUGACCAUUUACUUUGGCAACAAAUCCCUAAUGCUUGCGAGAAGCCAUGUGGCUGCAGGACGGGGCGAUGCAGCCGCAAAUGGCUUCUACUAG